UCAGCGAUCAGCCCGCGCGGAGAGCCGAUUUUUGCUGGUGUUUGCCUACAUUGAAUACGGUGUUGAAGUGACCCAAGCAGGAUUUCAGGGCAUUUAUUCAUAAUUUCUUGCUGUUCAAGAUGGAGAUGGGAAAGAGGAUCGAGUUGGAGAGACGAGGAAGGAAAGAGGACGAGAUCACAGAACUGAACCUGGACAACUGUAGAUCACAGACGAUAGAGGGAUUAUGUGAUUCAUACACAGCUCUAGAAUCACUUAGUAUCAUAAAUGUUGGGUUGACUAUGCUGAAAGGGUUCCCCAAAUUACCCAAUCUUAGGAAGCUUGAGUUAAGCGACAACAGAAUAUCCUCAGGGCUAAACAAUUUGACAGGCUGUGCCAACCUAACACAUCUGAGUCUCAGUGGAAAUAAAAUCAAAGACUUUGAACCUUUGGAGCCACUUAAAGAUUUAGCAAAUUUGAAGAGUUUAGAUUUGUUCAACUGUGAAGUUACCAAUGCAGAAGAAUACAGAGAAAAAGUAUUUGAAUUAUUACCCAACCUAAAAUAUCUGGACGGUUAUGACAGAGAUGAUCAGGAAGCUGAAGAUGAUGAGGAUGAAGAUGGUGCCGAUGACGAGGAAGAUUUUGAUGAUGAAGAAGGUCUUGAGGAUGAAGAAGGUGAUGAUGAUGAUGACGAUGAUGAAGAAGGGGAACCCGAUGAUGAUGAUGACGAUGAUGAUGAAGAUGGAUUGGAUGAUGACGAUGAUGAUGAUGUUGAAGAUGAAGAGGAGGAUGUUGAAGGAUCAAACUUGAAACUUUUACAGUCUAAUGAUUUAGAGGAUGAAGAAGAUGAUGAAGAUUUUGAUGCUGAUGGUGUAGAAAAUGAAGAUGACGAUGAUGUUGAAGAUGAGGAGGAAGAAGAUGAUUCAGAAACCCGAGGGACAAAAAGGAAACAUGAAGACGAAGAGGAGGAAUCAUGAAAAUGUUAACGUCAUUUCAUUGGACAAUUGUCUUACAUUGAUGUCCAUUACAUCAUUCUUAUCCAAUCAUGGAUCAUGUUACAUCUCAUCAACUUGUCAAAUUUGUAUUCUAUAUGAGGAGGUCCAUGAAAGCAGCAGUUUCAUUGGCUGAUAUAUCUACAAGCCAGGAUUUCAUUGGAUGAUAAAGUGCUGAAUGUAAAUGGCAACAAGUUAUUGACUUUGUCAUAGGAUUCUAUUUCAUUUCUUUUGUUUUGAUUUUUUUUUAAUUGUACAUUCAAUUUUGCAGCUGUAAAACAUACUGUGAAAUCAUUUAUGAAAUGGGCAUUAUUAAUCCAUUAAAUCUAUUUUGAAUAGUGAAAAUAGGUCCUCUGUUUGUAAAUGGUGUCAUAAAAAAAUUGUAGAAUAUAAUACACAUUUUGAUAGCCUUUAAUUUCCCGGAGGAAAUCUUUAUUCAUUAAAGUCACUAUGAUGUUAGGAAAAUGAAUUUACAGUGUGACUUGGGUUGCAAAACACUAUGUAAAAAGAAUAAUUGUACAUGUCAUGAUGUUUAAGGUAGAAAAAAUUCAGGGUGAAUCAUUUCUUUGAAAUUCAGAUAAUUUGAUAGCAAUAUGGUAGAUUUCUGUGUUUUCCUAAAAUAUAAAACUGAUAUCAAAGUAAGCAGAUUAGCAAAACUGGUCAGUGUUGAAUUUUAAUCAUGCUUCAAACCUAACAUCCCUGCAGUCAUGAAAUGGACUUUUUAUCAUAUAUUUAGCGUAGAAUGUUCAACUGUGAUUAUAGGGGUGAUAGGUUUGAAUUAUGACAUGAAAACAGUGCCUUAACAGGAAGAUGAAUAAUGGACUGUUCAGUGCAAUUUCUGCUGUAAAAAAGGAUACAAAUUGAUUGAGAAUGGCAGUAACAAAUGUGUACAUAUGUAUAUUUUCUUUAUAACUUUAAAUUGUUUUUUUUUUCUUCUUUUUUUGGCGGAUACAUUAGUUAUUUAAGAAAUUGAUACGAGAUGUAUAAACUUGCUUAUUAAGACUUAAUGAACAAAUUUAAAUAUUGUAAUAUAAUAACAUCCAUUUGGAAUUUAGUGAAGAAUGCAGUAACUCUUUUAGAAUAUAUUUGUAAAUUUUUGAGUUACAUGUUGAGAAAUAAACUUGUAUUAAGGCUUUUCAAAUGGUAGAUGUAAAUGAUCAUUAUCUGUAACCAAAAUGAAUUACCAGUCUGUCGGACCAGCCCACCAUGCACAUUUAUGUUGUAUGGGUAGACUGUAUUUUGUCAGCAUUUUUGUUAAUAAAAUCCUGCACAUUCAAACUAGUGCUAGACUGUUCCAACAGCAAAGUUGUUGUACAAAUUUCAGGCAAAAUUUAAGAGAUAAGACAAUUGGAUAAAAAAACCAACACAAAUUAAGUAUCAAAACAGGUUUCGCUUUAUUCAGCUUCCUCAGUUGAUACUUAAAGGCAAAAUUUAAACAAUACUUAAUUAACCAAGAUACAUUUUAUAUUGAUAAUAUACAAUUGCACUGUAAGAAAGUCAGCUUUAAAUGAAAAGACAUCAAUGUGUAAGCUUCUGUUGGACAAUAGAUUAGGAGGUUCAUGAUCAUAUAAACAUAGACACCCUCAUAUUAUGAAUGUAGAUGCAAUUAGACGAGUAUUUUUCAUGUAUAUUUCAUGUUCAGUGAAACAUUUUCAGGAUCUCUGUAGACUUAUUAUAAUGAAAAUGAGAUAUUGUGACCAUUUUUGUUAAUAUUUUGUAAAAUAACAAAAUCUCAUGCCUGCUUCAUAUGUAAAUUUCAUUCAUCCAUUUAUUGUUUGUAAUUGGUGUGUCACUUUUUUUUUAACGAUGACGAGGAAAGUUACAGGAUUUUUAUGUACGAAGGUAUCAGUUUGUGUCUAUAAAGGUCAAAUUUAUAAAUUAUUUAUGAUUGUUAGAUAGGGUCCCAAAAAAUUAGGUUAUAUAUAGGAUCUAAUUUUCAAUAAACGAGCCAUUAAUUUCAUUUUCAAACAAAUUGUUUUAUGAAAUUUAUUUCUACAUUUUAUUUUUCUAAAGAUUGGGCACUUAAGCAUUAGAUAAAAUAAAACAGAUUUUGGAACUGUACAAUAAAAUUUUUUUAUUUUUUUUUUUGACUCUUCCAACAAAUCCGUGACUUGCUAAUUCAGAAAAGUUUGUAUGUAUAUUGGGAGUACUAUGUGAGCACUGAUUAUGUUAACACUUUUUUUUUCCGAGAUCAAAACCAUGUGUUGCGAUGUAGUUGUUAUGAAGAUAUAUCACUUUAUGUUUACAUGUAAUAAACUUAAUAUUUAGAUUUUUACUAAAUACUACAACCUUCAAAGAACAGUAAACAAAAAAGAAUUAUUUUUCAAGGGUCUAUGAUAACUGAAGAUGUGUAUUUUUAAAUUGUGUAUCUUUAAACAUUGAACAGAAUAAAGAAGAAAAAAUUCAAUUUGUAUGAUUGGCAUUCAAAAAGUUUUUUUCUGUUAGAUUUAUAAAGAUGAUGUUAUUUUAUAUCCAGACAUUAAGGUAUAGAUGUAGAUACACUGGUCUCGUUAUUACAAGUCAAUUUUCAAUUUAUAGACAAUAUGAAAUGUCCACAAGAUUGAAACAAAAUUGCAGAAUAAAGUAAAGUAAACUUUUCACCGAUUGAUUUUUCUUUGGAUAUUUUUAUACACACCAGUGCAUCACGUAAAUUACUGACUCAAAAGUUAACUAUGUAUUUGUUAAGAUAUGAUUUUCAGGUGUCUAGAAAUAUAUCGCUACAGUCUUGUAGAGAAUAAAAAAAACACAUAAUUAUUGCAAUAUAAAUGUUACCUCAUGGCUUGUUACCAUUGUUUUCAUCAUUUUCCUAAAUUGUUGUUUCUUGCAGCGUUAUGUUGUUUCUCAUAAUAGGAUAGUUCAAAACUUGAUAUUUUUUUCCCCUCCUACAUGUUUUACACGUGCUAUGUAUUGAAUGUGCUCUGCCUCAAAAACUGAUGCAUACAAGUUAUGUAUUGUAAUACUUGAGAAAUCUUACUGCCAUUUCUAUUCAUGGUACAUGUGUAUUGAAAGUAAAGGGGAAAAAAACAUUUGUAAAAAUAAUUUUGUGCUUUAUUUUUAAACCUUUCAAGUUAACAUGUAUAAGAAAUUACAUAUAUAUUUAUAUUGUGAUUUAGAUUUUCCUGAUUUCAUUUAUAUUGUUAUGCAAAUAUUUGUCAAUUUAAACAUCAGAAAAAACCAAGAGAUUCCAAAUGAUACAUUCAUUGUCAUGUACUUAUUUAUUACAUUUUUUCAUUCAUUUAUAUGACAAAAGAUGUGUUUGAGAAAUGUAAAAUAGUGUUCCCUGGCACAAGAUCCUUCAGCCUUUAUGCUUAAUUAUUGUAACAUCUCAAUUUAUAUACCGCAUGUGUUAAUUAUUUUGUUUGCUUUAGUUUGAGGUAUUGUUUGUAUUUUCCUUAUCAUUUGUUAUCUGGAGAAUGGAAUGAUAUCUUAAUUUAAUAAAGAUAACAAUUUAAUAAUACUAUAUAAACUGGUUAGUUGAGAUGUUAUAAAAACUAUAAAAAGCUUUUGUGUUGAA